CUGAACUUAAUAAAAUAAAGAAUAAUCAAAUUCCUCAAAAUACCAAAAAAUGUACAGAAAAAUGGAUCGAUAUUAUGAACAAAUGGCAAAAUCAUGCUAAUGUUGGUUACAAUUACACCCUUGAAUCUAUUACCUCCAAAUCACAACUUGAAAAAGAA